CUGUUAUUUAAGAAAAGUUGGUAAAAGAUAAUCCUGCGGAAAUUGUUUUUUUUUCUUAAAGAGUCAAGGGGCCCCUGGACCAGAUCCUCUGUAUGAAAGUCAGAAAACAACUACAGAGACACAAAACAACCACAGACAACAGUUUAUUGUGUCUCUUUCAGUCUGGGGUCUGGAUCCAGAUCAGAUGCUGGAAAAUGAUGGAUGGAUUAAUGAAUUAAAAAACUUAAUUUUAUUAAGUAAAAGUAAAACUAAUAAGAGUCAACGAGUUUCCAAACAACUGAAGUUAGAACUGAUGUUUCUGUGACAGGAAAGAUAUUCAAGACAUUUGUACAGCAACGUUAAAACUAUAAAACCUUCUAAAGGGAACUGAAUUCAAAGAUGUAUAAGAAUUUAUAAGACCUGCAGAAACCCUGUAGAAACCAUUGUGAUGUGACUAUAGGGGGCGCUGUCAUGUGGCUGUUACUGUCACAGCCUCGUGAUGUGGACAGAACUGGAAGAUUUUAAUAAGAUUAUUUUUAUCUGAUUUAAAAUUGGCAGGAACAUCUGCAAAACCAGAACAUUUACAACACAAAGAACAGUAAAUUGUCGAACAUUAAGUCAGUUUAAUUUGAACAGACCAAUAUCACAGAUCAAUAACUUCCCUGAGGAAGAAACUUCAGAAAAACCUUCAUUAAAAGUAUAAAGACAUGGACGGUAGUAGUGGAAAAUAUAAAGAAAGAAAUAUUCAAAACAAAAACCACAGAGUUGGAUGAAGACCACAGGGCAAACAGAAAGACAGUAAGGACUAAAAUGAAUGAAAUGUUUUGAUGGUUUAAAGGGGCAGUUCGUCCAAAAUACACAACAAAGAUAAAAAUCUGUCCAGUCAGAGAGUUCUGGUUUUCUGUGUCCAGGUGUGAGACUCAGAAACAUCGCAUUUAAAAUAGCAGUGAAGAAACAGUCCAUAUUCAACCUGCUGACUGUGACUGUGCACUUUGCUAAUGUUGUAAUUUGGGUGAGCUGAUCCUUUAAAUGACUCAGUAGUGCGGGUGUAAAAGAUUAAUAACAUACAAUCAUCUAUUAAAAGAAAAGUAGAAAUAAUAUUUCAGUAUUUCCUGUUGAGUCUGCAGCUCAUGAAUACAGUGAGGCUCAAUCUGUCCAGCCUCCAGCAGGGGGGGUCCUGACCCCUUCACUGACUGUUCAUAAUGGGGGACAAGGUCCCAGAGUGUCGACUGGAAGGCACUUUUUCUAAACCAGGCUACAGUAUGGGGUUCAUUUUAUUUGUUUAUAAAAAUUCAAAAUAAGAUGUGGAAUCCCAAACCAGAAUUUUCUUUUUUUUUUUUUUUUUAACUAAAAUUACUAAUAUACAAAAAUAUAUGACAGAAAACUUAAAUGCGAUUUGGAUCUAAAACUACAACUCUGCAAAUUACUAGUUAAUGUUUUGCUUUAAAAACUCAGUUCCAGCAGUGAACUACAUGUAUAACAGCGUGUAACUUGGAUACCAGAAGGGGCGUGUCCUCCGAGGCAGCUGGACUGCCUGUCAGUCAACGCUCAGGGACACGCCCCCCCGCUGGUCUCCGGGCAGGUUGACUGCUGCUGCUUUUCCACACAAUUCAAAGUCAAGUGUAGUUUAAUCCGAGUCACAUCCCGCGGAGCUGAGCCGCUAAAGAAAAACUUCUGUGUCCGAACCAGAGUUCAGUUUUGUCGGAUACAAAGAGUCCGGAGGAGCCGCUGAAAACCUGGAGAUAUCAGCUUGUUUCAUGUGUGCCAUGUUUUUCUAACGAUAAACGGAUUAUUGGAUGAAGCCCUUUACCUGCAGCUGACGGUCCACUGUGAAGCAGCAUGAACGGAUAUGAAGCUCCAGCUCUCGCCUCCGGCAUCUUCAGCUCCUACAGUUCACAUCUCAAUGGCCACGACUCUGAGUCUCCUGAGCCUCCGACAACUAAAGCCAAGUCCAGUGCCAAAGCUCUGUACGAACAAAGAAAACAUUACACCAAGAACAGCAUCAACAGUCUGACGGACACGUCGCAGUAUCACGUAGAGCACCUGACCACGUUCGUGUUGGACCGGAAAGACGGGAUGAUCACCGUGGACGACGGAAUCAGACGUCUCCGUCUGCUGGACGCUAAAGGGAAAGUCUGGACUCAGGAGAUGCUGCUGCAGGUGGAGGAGAAGAGCAUCAGCCUCAUCGACCAGGAGACCAAGAACGAGAUGGAGAACUUCCCCAUCGGGACGAUCCAGCACUGCCAGGCCGUGAUGAACGCCUGCAGCUACGACUCCAUCCUGGCUCUAGUGUGUAAGGAGUCGGGUCAGACCAAACCAGACCUCCACCUGUUCCAGUGUGACGACAUCAAGGCGAAUCUGAUCCACGCAGACAUAGACAGUGCCAUGACCGAUGCCAAAGGAGGGAAAGUGAAGAAGAGACCAGAGACUCUGAAGAUGAUCCUGAAGAGCGACGGGAUCAUCCCCCCACCUCCUCCUGCUCCCGCCCCCGAGCCCCCAGCAACGUCCAAUCAGGUGGACGUAAAGAGCCGAGUGGCCGCCUGGUCGGCCUGGACCAAUGAGCAGCAAGACUACGAGAAGCAGCGUCAGGUCUCGGAGGAGGACGGGCUGGUGGAGAUGACAGCAGCUCGGGUGGACAGAGACGUGCAAAUCCUGAACCACAUCCUGGACGACAUCGAGUCCUUUGUCACCAAACUUCAAAAAGCUGCCGAGGCUUUUAACGAGCUCUCCAGGAGGAAGAAGACCAAGAAAGGCAAGAAGAAAGGUCCUGGAGAGGGCGUCCUCACCCUGCGCUCCAGACCUCCCACUGAGGAGGAGUUUGUCGACUGUCUGCAGAAGUUCAAACACGCCUUCAACCAGCUGGGGAAGCUGAAGGACCACAUCCAGAACCCCAGCGCUGUGGAUCUGGUUCACUUCCUCUUCAAUCCUCUCAGGAUGGUGAUCCAGGCCUCCGGCAGCGUGGAUCUGGCACGCAGCGUCGUGGUUCCUCUGCUCACCAAGGACGCCAUUGAUUUCCUCCACUCCUCAGGAACAGCAGAAGAGAGACACCUGUGGGUUGCCCUGGGAGACGGGUGGACCAAAUGCAGGUUGGAGUGGCCGAAGGAUCACUACUUCCCGCCCUGUGCUCUGAGGUUUGCUGACGGCUGGGAGCCUCCGGUUGUCGCGGCGAUGACUCCGAGUCGAGAGCAGGAUCUGACGCAGCUCGCCGAGAGUCUCGCCAACGCCGAGGUCCAGAGACAAGAGGAGCUGAAGAUCAGACUGGCCCAGGAGCCGUCGGCGGUGCCGAAGUUCCCUCCUGCAGACGGGUACGCCUUCUCCAACUCCUCCUACAAACGAAUGCAGAUCCUGGAUCAGGACACGGCCAUGGCUGCGUUCAAACACGCCGUCAGCCGCCGUGUAGACCGAAGUUUUGAUGGUGACAGCAGAGGCCAAAUGAAACAGUUUGCCAAAUCAAAAUACGACUUUGUGGCAAGAAACAACACGGAGCUGUCAGUUCUCAAAGACGAGGUCGUCGAGGUUGUGGACGACAGGAAGCAGUGGUGGAAGGUUCGUAACGGCUGUGGGGCGUCCGGCUACGUGCCAAACAACAUCCUGGAGAUAACCAAAGCUGUGGACAUCACUGGCCGUGGAGAGCCCAUCUACAGCCACACCAUCCAGAAGCAGACCACAAGGACCGACUUCAUCCCCAGUAAACCUGUGGUGACUCCGAUGCCUCCGGCCCCCACGCCGCCCCCUCCGGCCCCCGCCAGGCUCCCCACGCCGCCGCUGCCUCCUCCGGCCGCUGAGCCCACCAAACCGGCCGCCACCAGCAGCAGCAGCACGGUCAGCCGCCAGAACAGCACCACAUCCAGCGACAACGGCAGUGUCGCCAUGAGGGAGCACAACAACCAGAGACCUGCACCCUUCAACCGCAGGAAAUCCAACAUGGAGGAGGUCCAGGACGAGCUGAUGCACAGACUAACUCUGGGCCGCAGCGCUCAGAAGAAGUUUCAGGUUCCCUCUCGCAGCAACAGCGGCAGCCUCCCGUCCGUCAACAUCACCUACGACUCGUCACCUGAUGAUGUCAGAGCCUGGUUAGAGGCCAAAGGCUUCAGCCCCGUCACCAUCACCAGCCUCGGCGUCCUGACCGGAGCUCAGCUGUUUUCUCUCAACAAAGAGGAGCUGAAGACGGUCUGUCCUGACGACGGAGCUCGAGUCUACAGUCAAGUCACGGUGCAGAAGGCGGCGCUGGAGAGGAGUUCAGGCUCUGAGCUCCAGGAGAUCAUGAGGAGGCGACAGGAGAAACUGGCAGCCACCACCUGUGAUUCAGGGGUGGAGUCUUUUGAUGAAGGCAGCACCCACUGAGCUCCUCCUUCCUUCCUUCCUUCCUUCCUUCCUUCCUUCCUUACUUCCUUACUUCCUUCCUCCUUUGCUUUAUUUUUUCAAACUGCAGCCUGCUGUUUUCUCGCACUCUUGAUCCUCAGGCGGCGGCUGACCACGCUGAGUUUGUGGAGAUCAUGCGGCGCAGACAGGAACUCCUCAGCUCGUCUCCGUAGAGAAUAAAAACAGGACCGAGGACGUCUGAUAUGUUCAGAGAGAACAUCCCGCCAUGUUUGCCUGAAGUUCACCUGAACUCUUUUGGGAUUCUGGAUGUUGGACUUUUGUUGGUGUUUGUAAAAAGUGAAGAAAAGCUGCUCAGUAGCUCAUUUUCCAAAGCGAAGCCUCUCAGUAUUAACGUCAGGAGACGCUCUGUAGGUCGUCAGCUGCAGUUUGUGCCUCAUGUGUCGUGACAGUGGAGUCACAGUUCAAACAGACUGAGCCCUGAUCUGCAAACACUGCUGCUUCACAAAGAAAACUCUGAUGCACAAUAAAAAAGAUUUUAACUCAUUUCUGAUGUUGCAAAGAGCCAAAAGUGACACAUCUUCAUCUCUAUGACGUGAAUCAAAACUUUGAAGCUCCAUGUUUCUUCUUCUUCUGUGUUUUAUUUGAAGUGUUGAUCCAUCAGAAGAUAUAAAAACCAUCUCAGUGUAGUUUUACAUCUCCUCUCUCAGGCUUCUCUCUGGAGCUCUAGUAACAACAGGUCUGUGAGCCAAUCAGAAGAGAGGAGGCUCUGAGCCUCUCUUCUGAUUGGCUGACUGUUUUCUGAGUGAUCCAAUAAAAAUACAGCAGAUUUCAGGUAAAAACACUCAGAGAAACCAAAUCCUGCAAGGUUUGGAUGGUGGGUCCAGGUGGGCGGGGCUUGGUGACUGCUUUGUUGUGACAUCACAAAGUUCCAGAAGUCCUGACGGCUGGUUUUAAGGCUCAGUUUCUGAAUACAGGCUGUGUGCAUUUCUCUGUGGACUGAGGCUUUGAUACUUUCACAGUAUUAAUAUAGAAGUUAGAGCUGAUCUAUAAUCACACUACACAUGGACACAGACCUUUACACUGGAGGAGACCUUUAAGUUGUGUUAUCAUACAUAAUAUUUAGGAGAUAACUUGAUAAAAGUAAAUGAUUUAAGUAGCAGAAAUUCUUUAAGUGAUAUCAAAAUGUAUGUAAAAUAUAUAUAGAGAAAAUAAGAUAAUAUUUUGUACACACAAGAUACUGUCUCUCUCACUCGUGCACAAGAUAUUAUGGAAAGUGUUUCUUGUCACCAGGUAAUUAGUUUCUGUACGAACAAGGUUUUUCUGUGUAAAACGUCUGUGUUUAUUCAUCUUGAGAAAAGCAGGUGUUUCUCUCUGUGACUUGAAUGUGAUGAAACACUGGAGGCACAAACUGAGCUGUAGUUAAUGAUAUUGGCUUGAAUAUAUUGCUCUAGGAGUUUCAUUAGUAGAAUAUGAUAAAUAUAACUGUACAUUUCAGAUUGUUUGGGCCAAGAGAAUUAUGACAUUCAUAGAAUAUAAUCAUGUUUAUAUGAAAAUGUUCAAUAACUUCAUUAAUGAUAGAACUGAUCAAGUGAAAUUUCUUUCGUUGAAAUGCACAAGAACUUUAUAUUAAUUUGUAACGUAUGAGCCUCGUGGUUUAGAUUUAGUGAAUCGAUCAGAAAGAAUCAGUAACGACAUUUUUGCACAAUAAUAAAAUGUAGAAGCUUCUUUUCAGGAGGAGAAUCAAGUGAUUCAGAAUCAGUUUAGUGUUUUCUAAAGGCUGUAACCUGAAGAGGUCAAAGGUCAUCCAAACACUGACAUGAAUGUCUGCUGACUCAGCGAUGCUCCCACUUUAAACAUGAUGAAUGUGUUUAUUUCAGGCCCCGCCCACAGCAACACGUAGCCUCGUGUUUGUCCCAUCAGUCACCUGACAUCGUCAUGUGACCAGGUGUGACUGUUGUUUAUUAUAUGAAGUCACAGGCUGACUGAGGUUACUUCAGGUCAGUUAAUGUCGACUGAAUUUGAACUCACCUUAAAAAACAUGCAGCAGUUUAGUGGAUAAAAUGAAUUACAUUAAUGCUCCGUUAACGUUACACAGCACAUCGUUCUCUUGAGAAACUUUCACAUACAUUUUCUGAAUUCAGAUUUUUGACCCAGUGUAGACAAACGUUUAGACUCGUCAAUGCUACAAAUUUAGUUUUCAUUUCAGAAAAAUACUAAAGGUUUUCAGAAAUAAUCUGAAAGUCAAUUUAUCAUUUCAGAAAAAUGCUAAAAAAUUCAGAUUUCACAAAAACAAAAUUAGAUACAAAUAAAUCAAUGGAAAUGAAACUAAUUGUCAGCUGCAGCUUCACUGUGGAGACACAACAACAUGAAUAAGUGAAUAUAAUACACUGGUGCUGUUCUCACUUAGAUUGAAUAACGGGAAAAAAUUUAAAAGGAUGAUUGUUCCUGUAAAUUCUCAAAUUUUGAACAAAGCCUUCGUUUUUAUUUUCCCUGUCGCCCAGGAAAUGCAAACUCAUCUCUCACCUGUUCCCUUGAUAAAUUCAUAGAACUUCCACAUCAGAACAGACUCUGCUUCAACACUUCAACACUACUGUUUUUAUUCAGAUUAUUUUCUGUGAGUUCUACUUUGUUGAUUUUUCAUUCACUCUUGAUUUGCAUUCAAGACUUCCUCCCCAGAUGUUUCACAUUAAAAGUCCUCCAGGGGCUCAAACGGGAUAAUCCCUUUCCUUCCUGGGAGGCUUUUAAUAUGAAAAAUCUGCAGAAAGUGACAGAAACAGUGAUAAAAAAAAAAUGGCAAACUUAGAAGUGACUGAAAAAAGCAACGUUUUUUACCUGAUUGGUUCAUGCUGGUCAUGAACUCACACUCUUCAUUAUCUGACUGUCGGCUCUUAUUUGAGGAUUUACAGUGAACUCUCAUCUGUAAAAAUCAGUGACCAGAAGCUGUUCAUCCACCAACACAAGCCAAUAACACCAUGACUGUUUUUGAUCAGUUUGUACCGAGCAGCCUGAAACACACAGAAACUGUUAUAUAUUAAAUAUGUAUGUAUAUGCUUAUAUAAGACAAGAUGUACAAAAAUCAGCCUGUACGUUCUCUACUCACUGUGGCAUUGAUUGUAAUGAUUCUGUUUUCCACUUAAUGCACUUAAGUUUUACUGGUCGGGUGUAACUUGUGGAAAAAAAUGAAUGAAGGUUUUUGUCUGAACUGUAGCACAACACUGUAAUUAAUAAUACUGAUGAUUAACGCUGAGUAGUUGACAGUUAAUGUUUAAUCGCUGUUGUUAAUGAGAGCAGAGUAAAAGUUACUGUAUUUAGUGAACUGUCCUCGUACCCAAACAGUUCUAGAAGCCAAUCACAAAGAAAAAGCAUUUGUAUGUUUAUAGUUUUCAUGGUGCCUUUUCCGUAUAAAUCUGCUCAUUCUGCAAUAAAACAUUUACAAAAAACUUGAA